CCCCUCUUGGGAAACUGAGUGCUGGCUGUUGUGUUUUGGUUGUUUGGGGUUUGAUUCAAUGUUGAUUGUUUUGAUUGAUUUCUGAGGCACCCAGGGACGCUAUUUUGCCUCUCUCGCGGUGUACUUGUCACCCUUAACCUCUGUGCCUGGAACUGUAGCUGAUAACCUCUCGAGAGAUAUACCGUCAAUUUUUAAUCGUUCUUAGAAGUUCGUUUGUCAGUGGAGCCGUGACUCCAGCCGUAAACUGUUGAUUUCUCACCAUGGCCAGCGAUGGUGCUGGUUACCUGCAAGAGUACAGUGACUAUUUCAAGGAUUUUCAAAAGUUUGUGGCGACGUUGAACUACGAAGAUGACCUACUGCCGUCCAACUUAAAGUGCCGUACUGGAGUAGAGGAGGUGAUUGGAGAAUGCGUGGACUGGACCCUCCGGUACUUACGCAUGACGAAAUGCCCUCAGAGCCUCUUGUCCUUUCUCACCAAGUCAGCCCUCAACAGAGUGAACCUUAAAAAUGAAGAGAGUCCACAGGAAGCUGUUCUUGCUCCAAACAUGGUUGAAAUUGUGAAUGAAGUAUGUCUGCAAUACUGUGGAGAAGACAACCCUGCCCUACAGACGUUGCCUGCGCCACCAACCGUUCCAACCCCACUGAUUUCCACCUGUGCAAUUAAGAACUCCCGUCGGCGAAUGGAAAACCGUCACGCUAUUGUUGAAGACUUGGAUACAAUAUUUAAUGUAUCUACUUCCCGUCCAACCAAUUACUAUGGUGUAUUUGAUGGGCAUUCUGGAGUUGAUGCUGCUACGUAUUGUUCAACUCAUAUGCAUUGCUUCAUCGCUCAAAGCUCAAAUUAUCCUUCUGACCCAGCCGGUGCUCUCAGAGACGCAUUUGCCAAAACUGAGUCUUUGUUUACUGAAAAAUGCAACCAAGAGAAUAUCAAUGGUGGUUGCACAGCUCUAUGUGUUCUGCAUCGUCCAAUUGACCGCCAGCUAUAUGCUGCUUGGGUGGGAGACUCGCAAGCAAUUGUUAUCAGUCGAAAUAAAAUUCUUCGUCUGGUGAAUCCUCACAAGCCAGAGAGAGCAGACGAGCGCAGGCGCAUUGAGCAACAAGGUGGAAUCGUUGUGAAGUAUGGGGUGUGGAGAGUCAAUGGGCAGCUCGCUGUUUCACGAGCUAUAGGCGAUGUGAGUUACAAGCCAUUUGUCUCGGGUGUACCUGAGAUAACGUCCAUCACUCUGGAUGGCAGUGAAGACUUCCUUGUUCUGGGAUGUGAUGGGCUCUGGGACUCUGUCAAAGAGGUGGAUGUGGCUACUACCGUCUAUGAACAACUGCACAACGAACCUGGAGACGUGGGCGGCCUCUCGCAGAGCCUGGUGAACCUCGCGCGCGUCGCCGGCUCGCAGGACAACAUCUCGGUGCUGGUGGUGGUGCUGCGGCCGGUGGGGCUCAUCGCCCCUGGUUCUGGUGCUGAGGUUCCCGACAAGGAGCCGGAAGUGGUGGCGGCGUACGGCCGCAGCAUGGACAUCCUGGACGCCGUGGACAACGCCAGCAACCCCUUCCUGCCCUCCAACGGGCUGCGGGACGACGGCCUGGUGUUCGACGCCAGCCCCAGCGAGGAGCAGGGCCGCCUGCUGCACCCCAAGGACGAGGACGACGACGAGGACGACGAGGACGACCUGGGCCCCGAGACGGACGUGGACGCCGUGGACGACGACGUGGAUGACGUCGACGACGUGCUGGUGUCGCCCGCCAGCGCGCCCACGAGCAACCCGUUCCUGGAGAAGACGAGUCUGGACAAACAUGAGGUUCUAGCCCUCGCUCUGGGCACUGGCCUCGGGGCCGCCGACGACGACCAGCCCACCUCGCUGGAGGCGCUCGACCCGCUGUCCUCGCAGCUCCUCAAAGGUGGCGCUGAGGUGGACAAUGUAGCAGAGAGCGGCGAGGAAUCGGAAGACGAGUGGAACUACUACCGUGUUGAGCCGACCGGAGACAAGGAGUCAGCUUCAGCCGCCGCACAGGAAUCUGAUAGUGGUGCCAUUGAAGAUAUGGAGUCCCAGUUAAAUCCCAACGCUGCUGUAUUUAUUCCUUCGUCACCCACCGAAAACAGCAACCACAUUGAACAGCCUUUCAACGAGAAUCUUACUCAAGAAGAAUUUUUCAACAAGGAAAACGUCAUGUCAUCCUCAUUCAUUGCGCAUGAGCCUGUUUCCAAAAACGAAACAUCGCCCAUUGAAGCACUGAAUGGAAAAGCUGAUGAAGUCUGGCUUUCAAGUUCUCCGAAGAAAGGAGGUGUUCCACUCGACAACGUGCAAGUCCCACCAGAGGAGGAGUUCGAUAGGGAGGUUAGCAAACGCCCUGGUGACUUGGACAUUGGCAAUCACGUAAAUGGGAAAAAUACGGAAAAUGGUCAGAACAAUUUUGAAGAUGUACUUUGUGAAGCUCAAGAGAUUGUGACAGUUGUAGAAAAUUCCAAUCCGUUUGUUGCACCUGGAUCUCCUAAAGCAGAGCCUGGGUUUGAUGAGUUUUUAAUACCUGAAAAGGAACUUGAAGGAACUGUCAAUCAUUUUGAGGAUGUUCCUGCUAGUGACAACACCACUUCUGUUCUUGAACCCGUUCCAGUGGAAGUGGUACCGGAGCACACUGAAGUAGUUGCUCCUCUCGACUCUGCUGAUUUAGCUGAACCACUUCCAUCUGAUGAUCCAGCAGGAACUCUUGCAUCUGAGGAGCCAGCCAAGCCUGAAGAAUCAUUUGGUUUUGCUGAAACGGAACAACCAUCUGCGCCAGCUCAUUCCUUUGAACCUAUUGAUCCAAAUCAAUCACUGGAGUUGAACAAAUCUGCAGCUGAUGCGGAUCUUCUUGGUGAAGCUGAAAUUUGCAAUGGAAACUUGGAAGUGGCUAUGCCAACUCUUGAUGACCAUUCUCCAAUAGUCUCAGGUGCAUCUGAUUUUAACCGUGAUCAUUUGGCUGGCAAUCUCCUGGAGCCCCCCUCCUUUAUGGAUGGACUCUCUGCAUCUGAUACUUCUGCUGAGCCGUUUAAUGAGGGCAUUAUGUAUUCAACAUCAGGGCUUGACAACAUUAUGAAUGCAGUCAGUAUGAACCCUAUUUCUCCUUCUCGUGAUCAAAUUUCGGCUCAGUCAACUCCUUUUGAAAACGAAGCUUUCAACUUUGAGUCCAAAACUGGUAAUCCAAUUGAAGACAGUUCUGCUCAACCUGAGGAACAGGAUCUCUUGUCUAAGGAAAUCAAGAGAGAAGUUUUCAGUCUGGAUGAUUCAGUGUUUGAAAACUCUUGUUUAGAGACAAGAAAUGACUUAAAUGAUGGAUUUGCUGACGAUGUUACCAAUUUGGAGUCUGACACAGUAGGCCAAGUUGCUGAUUGUGUUCAGAUCAAUGCUGGCUCAGAGUUUUCCUCUGAAAACCACAAUUAUCCUCCAACUUCCCAGUUUUUAACAUUGGAAGAGGAAUCUGCUGCGCAAUCUCCUCCAGUGGUUGAGCCAUUUUCUUCGCCAGCUAUUCCACAGGAGAAACCAGUGGAUGAGGUCAGUAUUAUCCCAUCUGCUGCUACCUUUACUGAGUCUGAGAUGGACAUCAUAGAAGACUUUGAGCCACAAUACUCAGGACAGUCACCUCAAAUUCCAGUACCACAGGCAAGUAGUGACCCCUUCACAUUGGAUUUUGCCAGUGCUGCACCCACAGUUCCAGAUUUGUGCAAUAUUCCUAUUGAAGAAAAAGUAUCUUCACCUCAAUCAGAAGUGACGGCUGAUCCUGAAUUUGUACCAGAAGUCAUAUUAGCUGGGCUAGGACAAACUGAACAAGAACAACCAGAGCCCAAACUAGAAACUGCACAUGAUCUUGUGAAUGGUUUAGCAGAGGAAAAUGUACCAGGACCUGAUGUAUUGUGCGUUUCUCCCUCUCCUGUUACUGAACCUGCUGCAGAAGUGGUGGCAGCCAUCGACCUUCAUGCAGAACAAUCCCCUGCUAUGUCGGAAACUGUUCCUGAUGUCGUGGAAAUAGUUCCUGAGCUUGCUUCUACUGUGGUGAGCGAAGAACCAGCUCUUCCUGAGUCUGCUGGUGAAAGUCUCCCUCAACAGGAUGCCCUUAGUAAUGCCGCAGCUGUUGGUGCUGCGACAGUUGCUGCUGUUGCUACUACAACUGCCGCUGUGGCUGCUGCAGCUGUGGCUUCGAAGGCUGACAAAAAGCCAGCAUCUAAAGCACCGGCUGCUAAGCCUAAGCCUUCUGCUGCAACUAAAGCACCUGCGAAGACAGCUAUGAAGCCAGCUCCACCUACCUCUGCCACCGCACCAAAGAAACUUGUGGUUCCCCCAGUCCCAGCAGCUCGGGCCUCACCAAGAACCACUUUAGCACCAAAGCCUAAGCCUUCAGAUGCAACAAGCAAGCCAGCCCCUGCCGCAUCGAAGCCUGCCCCACCAAAACCCCGGACCACUGCACCAGCACCAAAACCUGCGGAGAAGAAGCCGCUCACCAAUGGAGAUGCAGCGAAACCAGCUAGUGCGAAACCACUUGUGCGCACAACUGCAAGGCCAGCAACUGCACCUGCAAGAACGACACUGAAAGCUGCUGCACCAAGUGCUGCAUCAGUCCCCAAACCAGCAUCAGCAGCUGUCCCGAAAACAACUGUGCAACCCCCAAUCAGGAGACCUACUUCAGCUGUUGCAUCGAAGCCCAAGCCAGCAGCUCCAGCUUCCGGUGCCACGGAAGCCAAGGCCAAGCCUGCGUCUACCGUCAGCGCUGCUCCCAGACCUCGUCCCGCGACUGCCAGCGCUCUCAGUUCAAGGCCGGCAACGUCUGCCAAGGCUCCACUAGCGCCCAAACCUAUUGAUAAGCAAACUAAGGAAACUACCAACAAAUUAAUUUCUGCAACACGCACUACUGUCUCGAAAACUGCAGCUACAACUGCCAGCAAGACGGCUCCUAAAACUACCACGUCAACAGUUUCCAACAAGCCGUUGCAAAGCAAACCGGCACCCAUCAGAAAACCUGCAGCUGCAACUGGUGCAGCUAAAACAGCAGUUGCCAAGAAACCCAGCGAUAAGCCAAAAGCUCCAAUGACCAACGGUGUUAUGAAGAAUGGUCAUGCUACUCCAGAUGAAAUCCCUCAUCAAAAUGGAGUGUCUCACAAUGAGCAAGUUAUAGACAAAAGAGAAAGUGACUUCAAGAUAGAGUCACUAGUUGACAACCAGUUGGUUGUGUAAUAUCUAGACUGAUUUUAACUGUUUUUAACCUGUAUUUUUAUUUGUAUUUUAAAGAAUUUUAAGAUGUUAUUUAUUUGGCAAGGGAUGACUUUAAAAUAAAAGAGCUUGCUUGCAUAAUUCAUUUAUUUCUGAAAUUGCCCGAUUCUUUGGAAACAAUUUUUAUAGAAUUUAAAUCGAGGGGAAACAACUGCCCUGUGCGUGUAACAAAGUACAGAAAUUAUGAAAUUACAUAACAGAAUAGUAUGAAUUACGUACAAAAGUUUGUUUCUCCCUCGAUUUAAACGCAAUUUGUAGUAUAUAUGUCUUUGUAUGUUUUUAAUAUUUUGUACGGUUUUGAAGUAUUCUAGAACUGUUAGUCUGAUUGGCUUGAAUGCUUUCUGCACAGCAUCGGGCACUGAAUUGUUAUUUGUAAAUAAUUGACUGUAACUAAGGUGCUAUAUGCCCCACCUUACCCCAGUUGAUGGGCUUGUUGAGCUUACUUACUUUUGCAUGAGCUUUAAGUCAUAUAUGCUGGGUUUAUGUGAUAAUCAUCAUGCAGGAUGUGUACGCCGAUCUUACAUGCGACCAACUACCAAAGUUAAGAAAAUUGGCUGGCCAAAAAUCCAUUAUGCUUUGUACAACACUUGUAUGUGUGGUAAAUCUGUAUUUUUUCCUGUAAGAAAAUUGUUUUUGCCUUUGCUUCCCUCUGUACAACAGCUUAGCACUUUGUAUUGUACUAGAGAUGUAAGUGAAAGUUGGGCAUGAGUUGUGUACUAUUUUGAUUUUAAUGUUACUGACUCCCCUCUACUUUGCCUAUCUUAUUUCCGAUCGGCUUCAGGCCAUAAUGACAACUUAAAUUUUAUAAUACGUACUGUUUCUAUUUUAUAUUCAAAUGCAAUGGAUUUGAUUUUGUCUUACUGUACAUAGUGCUAUUAGUAUGCAACAUGUUGAUGAACUGGUGUUGGCUUAAAUUUGUAGGGAAAUAUUCCAUUGUCUUUCUGAAUUCAUUCUGGUGAAGUUCUUUCGAUGCAAAUUAGUCGCUCAUUUUAUUGAAAUCAUGUGAUAACUACUUUUUAUUAUUAAAGAAAUGAAAGUGUAAUUAAGUUACAA